GCCUCUUCAGUGCUUCCUGCCACCUCAUAUUCACAACGAAGCAAGAGCCUUUUACGAACAGAAAUCUCUUCACAGAGGUGAGUUUCUCAUCUAACCAACUGGACAUCUCAUAUCUAACCCUCCGCAAAACCACAACGCACUUAAACUGCCUGCAAGUGCAACGCAUUGAGCAAACUGCCUGCCAUCUUUCCCUUACGCACCGAACAUCUCCUGGAUACGACACAAAAAUUGCUGCACUGACCGAGUGUUCAUCCUGAGGGCAUUAUUGCUCUCCUUCUUGCCAUCAUGGCUCCUGUCGGCUCCAAUAUCGACAUUCCCGACCUCAAAUUCUCCUCACUGGAACUCGAUGCACGCUCAACCGACUCGACCGAGAUGCCGACGAAUUCUUUUUCGAAGCGGAACACCCUCCCUGAACAGAUUUACAAUCCUCUUCUUCCCCGAAGCGAUGACUCCUUCAUUCUCUCUCCAAUGGAUACCUACAAUGUCCUCACUGCAAGAGAUGCCCAUAACACAAAAGACCCGAAUCCGGGUGCAGGGUCAAUUAAUCCCAACGACAUCAACAUGAAGGGCAUUCAGGCGCUCUUUGCCAUUAUCGGGGCCUCUUUCGUACUCGGUGCCAUUUGGUUUUUCUUUUGGGCCAAGAACGGUGGCUUCAAAUGGCGGAAAGGUGACUGGGAUGAAUACAAAUCCACUGUCUUGAGACGUAAAGGGCCCAAUGGAACGACUCUCAGUAACGCAACCAAAAGUACCAAGCUGGGUGGUGGUAGCGUUGUAGGAGACGGGUACUCAGACAAGGACACAGCCACGAUACCAGAUACCAUGACCGAGGGUAUGACCGAGACGAUGACCGAGCUGUCUUCCGAAGCGCCCAUCAUGAAGGACAAGCAGUGGAAGAAGAAAAAUGAGACCGCCAAAGACAGGAAGAUUCGAGAAGCCAAGGAAGCACGCUGGGAAGGUGGCCAUGACUACGAUGUCCGCGCAUAUCGACAUGAAAAGCCUGCUCGUGUGGGAGGUCUGAACAAAGACUCGGACGCCCAAUUUUACGGCACCGACUACACCAGGUCAGAACGUAGCGGCAGUGACAUGGCCAGCAACAGCAACCGACCAGCCUCGUCUUAUCGUCAACAAAGUCCUGAGAAACGUCAAUCACGCCGUGACUUCUCGUACGGCCAAGAAAGCAGCUUCAGCGUUUCGACUCCACCACCGGCCGCUGCACCAUCACCUGGUCCUCGUCCACCAAGGUACCACUCGCCGAGCAAGAACCCUAACCCUCAACGCCCGAUCCGCACCGUACCUGGGUCGUUCCACACGCAGCAGGAUAUUGAAGCCCAGAGCGUUCAAAGUCAACAUACUAAGACCUAUCAUCAUCCACUUCCUAGCUUGAGCGGUCAAGGGCCUCCAAGAGCUGGCGGAUACAGAAGGGACAGACGGGACAGCCUGGAUGACUGAUCAAUUGGCGAUAUCCAUAAUCGUGCCUCUACAAAGACUUUGGGGUCGCGAAGUUGGCUGGUCUUGUUAGUGGCCGACCCACCAAGGGCAACUUCAAAGAAGCAUUACGGAGGAAGAGCUGAAAAGGGCGCAUGAAGUGACGACGAGGCUGUAUUGUAACUUAGAAAUUGUUGCAUGUUAAGGGCAGGAAAGGUAACCUCGAAAUGGCGUCUUCGGUUUGAACAACGAACAGAGUUCGUGGAAAGGGACGGAUGAAAAAGCGAUAUGGCCGGACGAAUGAAAGGAAAUGGGAAGAACGGAAUAAUGAAAGUCUCGACGUCGACAAGCUGCAUUAGGUCAACAUUCCACGGUUGAGGGAUAGUCGCAAGCGAAUACCCAUGAGCAUCAUGCACAGAUAUUGUGCCAGCAGAUAGAAAAUACAAGUACAAGAGUGCAAAUUCAAA